UAUAUUAGUAAACCAGCUAAUCUGGAUACCUUUUAAACCAAAAACUUUGAUGUACUCAGGAACCAAACUGGCCUUAUACAGUUAUAUACACGGAUUCUAUAGGUUUACCAAAACAAAUGACUCACCCACUUAUGAUGUUUUACUUUACCUAAUAAAAUGGCUUUAGCUAAGAAGACCUGGCUUCAGAAAUAUGGUUUAAAGCUUGUUGGAAAUGGUCCAGCAUUUAUUGCAUCAAUAGAAAAAAAUAGCAUUGCUGAAGAAUUUGGCCUCCAAAUUGGAGAUAGAAUAAUUGAAUUUGAUGGUUAUGAUGUUGAUGGGUUGUCUGCAGAUGUAAUCAUGGUUCUAAUGAAGAGCAAGAAAAGCUUUCCAACUUCUCUUGGAAUUGUGUCUGAGUUGUGUGAAUUUGUCUUACACUGUGGAAGGCUCAAAGAUUGUGGUUUUUCUAUUUCUAGUGACAAAUUUGUCACUGUAAUAGAAGUUACGCGAAAUGGAAUGGCAUUUUUGGCUGGACUUAGAAAAGGUGACAUUAUUGUGGCUGCAAAUAAUAAGCCUUUGACAAAAAUUAAGGGCAACACUUGGGAGCUUAUUACUGAAAAUGAUCAUGUGACUUUAUCAGUGAUUCCAACUGGUGAACGAGGUGAGGAACACCAACCUUUAUUGCAAGGCCCACAAAUAAAAUCUUCAGUAAAACUAUUUUCUAAGUUGAGCAAAUUUUUUGAAGAUGACAUGAAAAAAAAGCUGGAGUUAGCAAGCAUUCUAAAGGAUUACUCUGGAGAUGGGGAUAUUUUUAAGUUGUGCAUCACAUUGGACAGUAAGCUGAAGAAACCUCAUGAACGGAAGUUCUUGAAAUACCUUUGGCCAUUCAUUCCAACUGAACAGCAUGAAAUAUUUGAACCAUUAAUGAAAAAAAAAUAUCUUUACUGUAACUGCUCCCACCAAAUGUACUCCCCAAGUAAAAAACACAUCAUCUUAAACUUACGAAUAACUUGUGCAAACAACCCACUAGGAUUUGUGAUAAAAGGGAGUGGGCCAGUUCAUGUAGAAUGGUUGGACCCUGGAGGACCAGCUGAAACUGCUGGUAUUUUACCUGGAGACUUUAUCAUGGAGAUUAAUGACAUUGAUACAAGAAACAUGACUCAUGAACAAGUGGUAAAGAUUCUUAAAAAAUGUGGUCCAGCCCCUCUGCUACAAAUUGAACGACACCCAAAGAUGGCUGGAAAAUUUCAGGUGAACUCUUUAUUUGAAACAACUAAUUUCAUUGCAAACACCAACGAAGAAUCUUUUGAUUGGAUAGUUGAAGAUUUCAGUUCUUAUAAAGACAGCGAAGGAUUCACAUUCAAACAGAAGAUGGAAUAUUUAUUAACAUCACAGGAACGAAAAUUAUUGUUGCUUUACUUUUUCCAGUACAUUAAUUCCAGUAACAUCAUUAGGUUAUUAACAUAUCUGCGAUUAAUUCUGGACACUCCAUCCAAGAAAUCUCUCUGGUUGUUCUUAAUACUGAAAAUGUCAACAAAGGACAGAAAAUACAUUCGAGUAAAAGAGAACCUCAAUGAAUAUUUAAAUAACAAUAACAGAAGUCUUAUGGAACAUCACCUGAGCACAUGUGAAAAUAAUAAAGUCAAAAAUAACCUUGAUGUUUAUGCAGUGAAUAAAACAUUUGGAAGCAUCAUCAAUAUAGAACAUAUUCUAAAUACCCCAGCAAAACAAACAGUAUGGUUAAGUAUUUUAUCAGAUCUUAUUCCUACACAUCAAGCAUUAAUAAAGGGGAAAAUAUUAUCAAGUAAUAAACAUCUUGGUGCAGCAUUUUCCUCCAUUUCUGCAGUAAAUUAUAAUGAAGAAAAUACUGUAAUAAAACAAUUUCCCUUAAACAUCGACAAUACUGCAAAUGAUAUGAGUGAUUCCUCUGUAUGUGACAACUCCAUUUCGGCUUCAUCUUCAUCUCUGUCAUAUGAAGAAAGUCAGGUUGUUUUGGCAGCAAGUCACCAACAUAGUAAAUCCAAAAGUUGCACAGAAUGUGAGAAGAUGUUUUGGUCAUAUGCAGACAACCAAUCAGAAUCUCAACCUACGGUUCAUGAUAAACUCUUGACAAGUUUCUUAAAGAAAUCUUCUAAUUCUAAUAGAAAGCUCCCACCUGUAACACAAAAUGGUGUUGCUCACAACAGUAAUUCUGUAUCUGAACUCCCAAGUUUUCCAAAACACAAAUCCAAAGCAAACUACAAAUUGCCAUCUUCUGUAAAAGGUAAUCAGACAAGAACUUUGCCAGACUUUUACAAUACAGACUCAACAAAUAAAGUUCCACUUAAAACCACAGAUUUGACUCAAAGUAAAAGAGAAUCUGAGCAUCAGCAGCAAAGCGAGAAGCCAGAAAAUAACAGCAAUCCUCUUCCAUCAACAAGCAAGGAUGUGAAGAAUAAACAGAAGAACCUUGUACCAAAGGGAAAAAGUCAAAGUACCAAUUCUUUAGUUACAUCUGGAACACAAGAUUCUUUAAAAGCUGAUCUGACAGAUUUAGCAGCUCAAGAAGAUGGUCAUGCUGUUAUAAUACCUACUCAUGAAUCUCUAAAGGUGAAAACAUUGCAAGAACAUGAUACACCAAGCUGUGAAGAACCAAUAGUAUCAAAGAAACAAAAUUCUACCACAAAUACUGGCAGGUAUUCUAAAAAUGAGAAAAUGGACUCUAAGAGCCAUGAAUCAAACAAAUUUCUUCUUCGGCAUGUUAAACAGGAACCUUUCAGUAAAUCCCAAGAGCUCAUCCCAGAUAAAAUUAGGAAUUCUAGAAGAAGCAAUAUUGAAAACAAAUUGAGGUCAAAAUCUUAUGAUAGGAUUCCAUCAAAGGAUUCUUCUAACAAGUUUUCUAACCAAGUCAAAGCAUCAAAUAAUUCUAGUACUGGGGAAAAUGAAGAACACAAGAGUGCUGAUAAACUAACCGCAACUGAAGUUCUUCAUCAAAUGGCAGAACUUUCUAAUUCACAAUCUGAUUUGCCAGUGCAUUCUUGGAGAGAAGAUGAAAAAUACCAUUCACAGAAAUGGCUUAAAAGCCAUAUAUCCGUCAGUGAUAAGAUAAAACAACUUGAAUCAAACACUCAAACGGACAAGAAAGAAAUAGUUCCACCAGUGCCACCACCUCUUCCUAACUUUGUAAUGAGUACAUCUCAAAGCAAACUGAAGAAUAAACGGCUACACUGGCAGAAAAUUGAAGGAGAACCAAAUGAAAAUACUAUUUGGUAUAAGGUUAAUAAAAGUGAUACAGAUGAUAUUAUCCCUCUUUUGAAUCUAGAAAAGAGGUUUGCACUUAAAACCAGUGAGCCAGAGAAAAGUAAAGUUGUAAAGAAGAAAAUCGUAUCCAUCUUGGAUUCAAGAAAAUCAUACAACAUUUCCAUUCUACUUGGACAUUUGAAAUUACCAAGUUCCAGCAUAAAAGCAGCAAUAUUGUCAGUUGAUGAUAAGCUCCUAACUUAUGAAUUCUUGCGCCAACUGUUAGUGUACUGUCCAAGCAAAUCAGAGCAAGAAGAAUUUAAAAACUAUAAUGGAAAGAUCGGAGACUUAAACCAAGCUGACCAAGUAACUUGUGAACUGAUAAAAAUCCCAAGCUAUGAAGACCGACUCAAAGUGUUGUUGUUCCGUGCUGAUUUCAAAGAAAGAAUCACUAAAUUAAAUUCGAUUAUCCACAACAUCAUGACAGCUUCAGUAGAACUAAGGAAAAGCAAUCUUUUAGUAAAUGUUUUACAGAUGAUCCUUGCUAUAGGGAACUUCCUUAAUGAAGGAAAUAGCAGAAUUUCAAAUGCUGCAGGCUUUCGGAUAAAUUUUUUGACUCAGAUUGAUGAUACAAAAGAUAUAGAAAAUAAGACAUCACUUCUACAUUCUUUAACAGAUGCCAUUAACAAGAAAUUUCCAAAUAGUGACUUACGUUCUGAACUAUUAGCAGUAGUAGAAUGUGCAAAUGUAUCCAAUGCUGAUAUUUUCAGUGAAUUGAAGGAAAUACAAACUUCUUGGCAGAAAACAACAGAACUCAUGAAAAAUAUUGAACAAAAUGAUUCAAAAGACCCAAUUCAAGAUAUUAUGAAUAUAUUUCUCUCCAAAUCCAAUUCAACUUUGGAGGAUUUAUUCGAGGAUUUAGAAGAAGCUGUCAAAGAAUUUCAUACUACUUUAGAAUUUUUUGGUGAGAAUGAUGUGGGAAACAUAACAACAGACCAAAUAUUUGGGAUAUUUGCAGAAUUCUUAAACAAGUAUGAGAAAUGCCAAAGAGAAAUUAAAAUGAAGGUGAAACCCUUAGAGAGAAACCUUUGUAACUUGAACCCCCAAGAUACAAUUAAGGCAGAUGAAAAUGCUACAACAAAAGAGGAGACGUCCCAGUAGACCAAUUGUUGAUAAGACUGAAAGACUACGAGCUUGAAUGUAAAAAGAAAAUGAUUCAUGAGGGCAAAAAUGUCCACAUGACUGAAAUGAUAUAUAUAUAUAUAUAUAUAUAUAUAUAUACUCACACAUGUAUAUAUAAAAAGAGGAAAUCUUUUUUUUAAUUAAAUUAAUCAAAAUGCUCAGUAUCCAGUUUGAUUAUUAUCUAU